ACGUCACUGAUCCACAUUGAGCCAGUAGUAGAGAGUCAGUGGAGAUAGAUAGAGGAGCGCCGUAGUAAAGUACACACCGACAUGAACUUCUCCCUCUAAAACUACAACGUUGUUGCUCUAAAAGUCGGGAGAAGACGAGUUUGUAUUUUUUUUUUUUCGACAACCGGAACUUGCUCUUUUAUUGGCUUUUAAAGGGAGCUCGGAGAAAAGCAGGAGAAUAAGACAAAUUUUGGGUUUCUUUUCGGGGGUCGACGACGAGCGCUAUGUCGUCCGCGGCUGUCGCUGCUUCUUCCAGGAGGCAGUCGUGUUAUUUAUGCGACUUGCCCCGCAUGCCGUGGGCCAUGAUCUGGGAUUUUACCGAGCCCGUCUGCAGGGGAUGUGUCAACUACGAAGGAGCAGACCGCAUUGAGUUUGUCAUCGAAACGGCCAGGCAGCUCAAGAGGGCUCACGGCUUUCAGGAGGGAAGGUCUCCGGGGCCGGGGAAAUCGCAGCUCUCCGCGAAAGAGAUCCAGGCGAUCAACCACGCUGCGGCGGGAGACCCCGGCUCGCGGCCGCCGCAGCCGCUGGACCGCUACCCGCUCUCCUCCGACCGCCCGCCCAGGCUGGGUCCAGAGUACCAGUCUGGCAGGCAGGCGAACGGCAUUCCCGUCCCCAAUGGAUUUCCUAAGCCUGACGAGCCGCCAGAACUGAACCGCCAGAGCCCUAACCCGCGCAGGAAUAGCACGGUCCCCCCAAAUCUAGUGCCUUUGGUAAACGGGAACAUGCCCCCGGUGCACGCAGUCAACGGUAGACCCGGUCAGAUGGGGCUUUCCUCCGCACUGGCGGGCGGUAGUCCCGCCGACAUGGGCAAAAGACCCGCCUCGGUCUCCAGCACCGAGCACGACAGAGAGGUGAAGGAGAAGCACAGACCGGACAGUCUCACGCCGGAGCUCUCCGAGAGCCACAAAAACAGGGCAGAGUCGGACUGGAUGGGCAAAGGCAAAACGGUGAGGGACCUGAUGGCUCUGCACACUUUCGACAGCAGGUUCAAGAAGGACCAUGCGGCUAUGCAACAAAGGGUUAUGGGCUAUGAACCCAGCGCCACGGCUUCCAAGUCAGACAGAGGAAAACAUCCCCGGAGCAUGAAGAGAAAAGCCUCGCCUGAACCAGAGGGAGAGGGGACAGCUGCCAAGCUCAACGGAGAAGGACAGCAGUGGUUACCACCACCUACCGACGGACUGAAAAUGCCUCCAGUUCCCCCGCCAAGCUUCGUCUCUCCCCCCUCCACAAUAUCCCCCCACUCCCGCACCACUCCACCUGAGGCGGCCCAGAACGGCCAGUCCCCCAUGGCGGCACUCAUCAUGGCGGCAGACAAUGCAGGUGGGAACAGCUCUCCCAAGGACGCCAACCAAGUCCACUCCACCACCCGGAGGAACAGCAGCAGUCCCCUGUCACCGUCCUCCAUGAAUCAGAGGAGGCUGGCACAGAGAGAUGCAUCUGGUGCAGGUACACCCCACGUGCCAGGCAUGGACCAAGUGCACCCCCAAAGCAUUCCGGACUCCUCAGUACCCGGCAGCAUACCCCUGUGCUGCACGCUGUGCCACGAGCGUUUGGAGGACACACACUUUGUUCAGUGCCCGUCUGUGCCCUCUCACAAGUUCUGUUUCCCAUGCUCGAGGGAAAGCAUAAAGCAGCAAGGUGCCACGGGUGAAGUGUACUGUCCAAGUGGAGAGAAAUGUCCCCUGGUUGGCUCAAACGUACCAUGGGCCUUCAUGCAAGGUGAAAUCGCCACCAUCCUUGCAGGAGAUGUCAAAGUAAAAAAGGAGAGGGACCCUUGAUUUUGUUUGAACAUUUCUUUGGGGAGGGGAAGCACAAAUAUGAGUAUAAAUAUAUAAAUAUCACAUACAUACCAUUCAAACAAACUAACGGACUUGUACAUAUUGGACCCAAGGGGAGAUUAUACUUCGUAAACAUGGUUGUAUAAUUUUUGAUUUUUGAAUACAUUGUGUUUCUAUAUUUUUGAAGAUAAAGGUAUGUACUCAUUAUAAUGGACUAUGUUCCUCUUUGUUGAUGUUUAACAAAAUUCUUGAUGUACUUCUAGGUCUGGUGGCAGUUCCUGUUUAAAGUAGAAUGUGACUAAUGCUACUCGAGCACUUGGCAAAACUGAAAUGCUUUUAGCUGUAAUUGUAUGCACUUGUUUAAUAAUUGCCAAAUACAAUUUCUGAUCUUGUAUGAA